AUGGGAAAUAAGAGGAAAGCUUCUCAUAUAGCUAGUGAUGGCGUGAGUACGGACGAGGCCUUCCAGCCAUUGUUGAAAGAAGUGUACAAGGGUAAAAAACUCACCGAUAAAAUCAAUACUGCCGAAGAUAAAUGGAAUCUUUUGCCAGCGUUCUUGAAAGUCAAAGGUUUGGUCAAACAGCAUCUCGAUUCUUUCAAUUAUUUUGUCGAUACCGACUUGAAGAAGAUUAUCAAGGCCAAUGAAUUGGUGUUGUCAGAUGUGGAUCCCGAGUUUUACUUGAAGUAUCUUGACAUCAGAGUCGGGUGCAAGUCUUCUACUUCUACCGCUAAGGGCCUUUCCAAGGAAGUCAACCUCGUGCCUCAUGAUUGUAGAUUGAGAGAUUUGACCUACUCGGCCCCCAUAUACGUCGAUGUAGAGUACACAAGAGGAAGAAAGAUUAUUGUUCACAGAGACUUGGAAAUUGGAAGAAUGCCCAUCAUGUUACGGUCUAACAAGUGUUUGUUAGAUGGCAUUGACGAUAAGAAAAUGGCUAAAUACGACGAGUGCCCCCUUGAUCCCGGUGGAUACUUUAUCGUUAAUGGUACAGAGAAGGUGAUAUUGGUGCAAGAACAGUUGUCCAAGAAUAGAAUCAUCGUGGAAGCUGACGAGAAAAAGGGUAUAGUUCAGGCCUCAGUCACAUCUUCCACUCACGAACGUAAGUCCAAAACCUAUGUCAUCACCAAAAACGAUAAGAUCUACUUGAAGCAUAACUCCAUUAGUGAAGAUGUUCCCAUAGUAAUCAUCUUAAAGGCUGCGGGUAUUACCUCUGACUUAGAAAUCUUACAAUUGGUCUGUGGGAAUGAUCCUAACUACCAGGAUUUGUUUGCAAUCAACUUUGAAGAAGCUGCCAAGUUGGAAAUCUUCACUCAGCAACAAGCACUUCACUAUGUGGGAAAAAGAGUGAAGACCAUCAGACGAGCUGGUGCCCCCAAAUUGUCUCAGCUUCAAGAAGGUAUAGAGGCCAUUGCAACUACCAUUAUUGCUCACAUCACCGUCUCAGACCUUCAAUUCAGAGAAAAGGCCCUUUACAUUGCCAUGAUGACUAGAAGAGUGUUAAUGACGAUGGAAAACCCUAAAAUGGUCGAUGAUCGUGAUUAUGUGGGUAACAAAAGAUUAGAGUUAGCUGGCCAGUUGAUGUCGUUGUUGUUUGAAGAUUUAUUCAAGAAGUUCAACUCAGACUUCAAGGCAAAUAUUGAUAAGAUUUUAAAGAAGCCCAGCAGAGCUUCUGAGUUUGAUGCGUUAUUGUCCAUCAACAUCCACUCUAAUAAUAUUACCAUGGGUAUGAACAGAGCCAUUUCCACCGGGAACUGGUCAUUAAAGCGGUUUAAAAUGGAAAGGGCAGGUGUCACUCAUGUAUUAUCCAGAUUGUCAUAUAUUUCAGCAUUGGGAAUGAUGACCAGAAUCUCCUCCCAGUUUGAAAAAUCUCGUAAAGUCUCGGGACCAAGAGCAUUGCAACCUUCACAGUUCGGGAUGUUGUGUACUUCUGAUACUCCUGAGGGUGAAGCCUGUGGGUUGGUGAAGAACUUGGCUUUAAUGACGCACAUCACCACUGAUGAUGAAGAAGAACCCAUUAAGAGGUUAUGUUUUAUUUUGGGAUGUGAGGAUAUUCUUGAAGUCGACUCUGCAAGCUUACACGCCAAAGGCAACUAUGGGAUAUAUCUCAACGGUACUUUGAUAGGUACCACUCGGUUCCCUGCCAAGUUUGUUGGUGACUUCCGUAACUUGAGAAGAACUGGCAAAAUAUCUGCAUUUAUUUCCAUCUACACAAACAGUCAUCAAAGUGCUGUGCAUAUUGCUACUGACGGGGGAAGAAUCUGUCGUCCGUUGAUUAUUGUCGACAAAAACAAUGUGUCCAAGGUCAAAGCUAAACACUUGUUGAAAUUGCAAAGAGAUGAGUGGGCCUUCGAUGAUUUCUUGAAACAUGGUUUGGUAGAGUACCUAGACGUCAACGAAGAAAACGACUCUUUGAUUGCCAUCUACGAAAGAGAUUUAUCGGAUUCUACCAAACUGAACAUUACUCAUUUGGAGGUUGAACCUUUUACUGUGUUGGGAGCAGUUGCAGGUUUAAUUCCAUAUCCUCACCAUAACCAAUCUCCAAGAAAUACCUAUCAAUGUGCUAUGGGUAAACAAGCUAUUGGAGCUAUUGGAUACAACCAGUUCAGACGAAUCGACACUUUGUUGUAUUUAAUGGUAUAUCCUCAACAACCAAUGGUGAAGACUAAAACAAUCGAAUUAAUUGAUUACGAUAAGCUUCCAGCCGGUCAGAACGCAACUGUUGCAGUGAUGUCGUAUUCGGGUUAUGAUAUCGAAGAUGCCUUGGUAUUGAACAAGGCUUCUGUUGAUAGAGGAUUCGGAAGAUGUCAAGUUUUAAGAAAGAACACCAUCACGUUGAAAAGAUACCCUAACCACACGAAGGAUAUUUUAAGUGGUAUGAGAGUCGACGAGAAUAACGAGCCCAUCCCUCCACACUCAUCACUAGGACCAGAUGGUUUGGGGGAAGUGGGUAUGAAACUCGAGAAUGGACAAGUUUAUGUGAAUAAAUGUGUUCCCACAAAUGCUGGAGAAACUGUUUUGAACGGACCAGGUGCCAAUGAACAACCUGCUGAAAGUCACCGAGAAACACCUGCCUAUUACAAAGGACCCGAACCUUCUUAUGUGGAUCAAGUGAUGAUGUCUGUUAGUGACAACGACCAGGCCUUGAUAAAGGUGCUUUUGAGACAAACAAGAAGACCCGAAUUGGGUGACAAGUUUUCUUCAAGACACGGCCAAAAAGGUGUAUGUGGUAUCAUUGUGCAACAAGAAGACUUACCGUUCAACGACGAUGGUAUUUCUCCUGAUAUCAUCAUGAACCCACAUGGGUUCCCUUCGAGAAUGACGGUGGGGAAAAUGAUCGAGUUGAUCAGUGGGAAAGCUGGUGUGUUGAAUGGAACAUUGGAGUAUGGAACCUGUUUUGGUGGAUCUGAUUUGCAGGAUAUGUCUGAAAUAUUGGUGCAAAAUGGGUUCAAUUACAGCGGGAAAGAUAUGCUCUACUCAGGUAUAACAGGAGAAUGUCUCCAGGCUUAUAUUUUCUUUGGACCCAUAUACUACCAGAAGUUGAAGCAUAUGGUUCUAGACAAGAUGCAUGCCAGAGCCAGAGGUCCAAGAGCUGUUUUAACUAGACAACCUACCGAAGGUAGAUCGAGAGACGGUGGAUUGAGAUUAGGAGAAAUGGAAAGAGAUUGUGUGAUUGCUUACGGUGCAUCUCAAUUGUUAUUGGAGAGAUUGAUGUUAUCAUCCGAUGCGUUUGAGGUGGAUGUCUGUAAUAAGUGCGGGUUAAUGGGCCACAACAACUGGUGUACAUCGUGUAACAGUUCUGAGCACGUGAUCAAGAUGACCAUUCCCUAUGCCGCCAAGUUAUUGUUCCAGGAGUUGAUAUCAAUGAACAUUGCACCUAGGUUGAGAUUGGGAGACGUUUUCUAG